CGGUGGUCAUCGCCGUGACCGUGAAGACCAAAGGGGGAAAUUAGGCGGAGUCAAGCAGAUUUGAAGGGCUUCGAACUGGAAGCGUCCUCUCACAGCAACAGAAGCUAAGAACAGGCGUUUCUCUGCUGGUUUCGAGCGAUUUGUGGAUACAGAAGAAUGCUUUCGCAGCGGGUGAAGAAGACCAUCACUGAUAAUCCAAAGAAGCUAGCCAACUUGAUUGACCUUGUAAAUCUUCCCUCGACGGUUCGAGAAUUUGUGGGUCAAUCUCAAAUUUCUCGGUUAGGCUGUUUUAUGCGGGUUUGGUCCUACAUCAAAACCAAUAAUCUGCAGGAUGCAAACAAUAAGAAUGUGGUGAACUGUGAUGAAAAGUUGAAAAGUAUUCUGUUGGGGAGAUCUCAGGUCGAGUUGGCAGAGCUUCCUGAACUGAUCAAGCUGCAUUUCCCAAAAGCACCCAAGUAAAUAUAUGAUAUCAAUCACCUUGUCUGCCUAUUUAGAAAGCAGCCUCUGGCGCUAGAUGAGAAUCCAAAUUUGUUUGUAUUUUUAUUUUUUUGGGACGCUAUCUUAAUCUCUCAGAACAUGAUGGAGCAGUUGUUUCAAUCUAACAUGUUUGUUGACUACUCACAUUGCUUACGGAAGAGGAUCAUGUCCUAUUCCCUGUGAUUACCUAAAUAAAGGUUUUACACUAAAA